ACCAUUAGCAUUACCAUUACGAACAAAGAGCCAAUUGCCAAGUGCCAUUCUUUGAUGCGCUUACUCUUUUUCUUCUUCUUGCUACCCAAUCAAAACCCUCUUCCCACUCGUCCAAUCCCCUCGCCGAGUCCACUCCUCGCCGCCGCCGCCGCCGCCGCUUACUCCAACUCGGAGAUCGUCAAAUCCAAUGGCGAUCCCUCCUAAGUCCGUUGGUGCCGUUAUCCCCACCGAGGACGGUCUAGCAAGCAGGUUCUGGAUCAAGUUUCGUAGAGAAUCUGUGCUUUCUCUUUACUCGCCUUUUGUUAUUUGUUUGGCUUCUGGGUCUCUCGAGAUCGACACCUUUCGUCAUUGUAUUGCCCAAGAUGUGCACUUCCUCAAAGCUUUUGCUCAAGCGUAUGAAUUGGCAGAAGACUGUGCAGAUGAUGACGAUGCAAAGUUAGCAAUCUCUAAGCUAAGGAAGGGUGUUUUGGAGGCGCUGAAAUUGCAUAAUUCUUUUGUACAGGAGUGGGGUUUGGACUUUGUGAAAGAAUGCCCUAUCAAUUCUGCAACUUUAAAGUACACAGAAUUUGUACUGGCAACAGCUUCGGGGAAGGUUGAAGGACUGAAAGCUCCAGGAAAACUUGACACUCCAUUUGAGAAAACAAAGAUUGCAGCUUAUACUCUGGGGGCUAUGACACCUUGCAUGAGGCUGUAUGCCUUUCUUGGUAAAGAAUUGGAGGCACUUCUAGACCCCAAUGAGCAUGACCACCCAUACAAAAAGUGGAUAAGAAAUUAUUCUUCCGAGGGUUUUCAGGCGACAACUCUGCAAACAGAAGACUUGCUGGAUAAACUUAGUGUCUCUUUGACAGGCGAGGAACUAAACAUCAUUGAGAAGCUUUAUCACCAAGCAAUGAAACUUGAAAUAGAAUUCUUCUAUGCUCAAACGCUUACUCAGCCCACUGUUAUUCCUCUGACUAAGGAGCAUGACCCUGCCGGAGAUUGUCUCAUGAUAUUUUCUGAUUUUGAUCUUACUUGCACAGUUGUUGAUUCAUCUGCCAUUUUGGCCGAGAUAGCAAUAGUGACCGCUCCUAAAUCUGAUCAGAACCAACCCGAAGGUCAAAUUACUAGGAUGUCUUCUUCUGAGUUGAGGAACACAUGGGGUGAACUUUCCCAACAAUACACAGAAGAGUAUGAACAAUGCAUAGAAAGCAUGUUGCCAUCCAAGAAAGAGUUCAACUAUGAAACUCUGCAUAUAGCACUUGAGAAACUCUCAGAUUUUGAGAAAAGGGCAAAUUCUAGAGUGAUCGAAUCAGGGGUAUUGAAGGGUCUAAACUUUGAAGACAUUAAACGAGCCGGUGAACGAUUGAUUCUUCAAGAUGGCUGCACUAAUUUCCUUCAGAAAAUUGUAAGGGAUGAAAACCUUAAUGCCAAUGUCCAUCUUCUUUCUUAUUGUUGGUGUGGUGAUCUCAUCCGGGCUGCAUUUUCGUCAGGGGGUUUAGAUGUUGUGAACAUACACGCAAAUGAACUCAGCUUUCAAGAAUCUGUGUCCACGGGUGAAAUCAUUAUGGAAGUGCAGUCUCCAAUCGACAAGAUUGAAGCUUUCGAUAAAAUCAUUCAAGGCUGUAGCGAUGACAAAAGGAACUUAACUGUUUACAUUGGGGACUCGGUAGGCGAUUUGCUUUGCCUACUGAAAGCAGAUAUAGGUAUAGUGAUUGGAUCGAGUUCAAGCCUAAGAACAGUGGGGGAUCAGUAUGGAGUUUCGUUUGUGCCAUUGUUCCCUGGUUUGGUUAAGAAACAGAAGGAAUAUGGUGCCGAUGGAAGCUGUUGUAUUUGGAAGGGCCAAUCAGGCAUUCUUUACACUGCCUCUGGUUGGGAUGACAUUCAUGCCUUAUUUUUGGGACAUUAGAGGUUUUUUUUGUAAAUUUUGGGUUGGAAAGGCGUCAUUUUUCAUUUUAGUUAGGAUUCUAUGUUACUCUGACUUGGGUGUAUCUUCAAGUUUUCGGGUUCUUUCACAAGUUUUUUUUCAUGUAUUGUGAGUGUUGUUGAAAAUGUGUCGGAUAUAGAGUGGGAGUAGGAUCAUUUUUUACAGAGAGGGGCAAAGGGGGGCAGUAACCCAAAGAAACCCUUUUUGAUAUGUUUGGGCGGCUGGCCCCUGUUGAAAUCUUUAACAGAGAACUUUUUGACAAUAUUACUGUA